AUGGCGCACAAUCCUCACUAUUCAAGCGGUUCUGGCGGUAUGGCCUACACUCCUGGGCACUCGCCACCGGGGUCAGCAUCUUCUCCCAACAGCACUUCCAGUGGUUCUGCAUCCAGCGCAUGUACCUAUUGCUAUGAGCGUAAGCGACGUUGUGUGUAUGAGGGGCCGAACUCCUGUCGUCGUUGCCGAAAGUCAAAGAUACAAUGCAUACCUCGACCACGAAAAGCCCCACCCCCCGAUAGGAAUCGAAUCUCUGAAGAUAGUAUUAGAGAUGAUCUUCGGGAGGUCAAUGAAGAUAUCGAUAAGGUCUUAGAACGCUACACACGACUCUCUGUAUCGAGCAAGCCUUACUGGGAGGUACAAGAAGUUCUUGAUCAACUAGCUAACCUCCCACCUACCCACCUCAACACCAACGAUGCGCGAGCUGUGUUUGCUCAGCGUGCCGAUCCACAGGGUGCACAGUACUGGCAGGAAGGCCCAUCCUCUAACCUUGUAUUACGUGGAAUGAUUAACGAACGGGCGCAUGUACCUGACAUCCUGUUGAGUGGGGUCGUCGGGCCCCGCGAGGCAAAUGAGCUGUUUGAACGUUUCAUGCAAUACUGGAAUCACGGUCUCGGAUUACUCGACCCGGCCAUUCACAGCCCACGAACUUUGCUCCAGCGAUGCCCCCUUUUGUUCACCAUUGUCUUGACAAUUGCAUCCCGCGACUAUACAACUCGCCCCAACCUGUACCCCCAACUCCUUCAGCAAGCCAAGCUCUCAGCCUCUGCGGCACUCGUAGACGGGCUGAAGGACGCAGAUACGGUUCAGGCAUUGCUAUUGGUUGCUGCAUACCCCCCUCCCGUCCAGCGAUUCACUGAUGACCGCACCUCUCUGUUUGUUGGGAUGGCGCUUCGGAUGGCUACCGACCUCAACCUUCACCUUGCUUCUCGCCAAGCGCCCGUGAACCGAACUGAGGCUUUGGAAUUGGCCAAUCAUAUUCGUACAUGGCGCGCGUGCCUACUGCUCGAUAGCUGGAGCUCUGUCAAGCACGGCAGGCUCCCUUCACUUCGCCCCUCGAGUGGGCAAAUUCGUGGCACGGAUGCACAAAGCAUUCAAAGUGAGCUGGAGCACAAGAUAUUCAAGGCCGUCAACGAGUUUAUGCAAUUUGCUAAGUCUUCCAAUGGGGCGCUGGACUAUAUGGAGCUCACAAUGGGCUUUAACAACACGAUCCAGACUCUCCGUGACGAAGUCCAUCACUUUACUCGCCGAGCUGAAGAUAGAGAUCAACAAAGCGGCAUGCUCCGCAAGGGUAUUCUUAGGCAGACGAUCGAAUACGCGCGCAUGGUGGUCUAUUCGUUUGGAUUUACAAGGUCCCUUCAGCAAGGCGAUUAUUGGGGCGGCGACUUUACAAUGAUGUGCCUUGAGGCAGCGUCGGCUUCGGUCAAUGGAUUCCUUGAGCGUUUGGCUCCGCUCCCGCUUUUCAAGUGUUCUCCCGAUGCGUGGUUCGAAUACGCAGCAUUUUCAGCCGCCUUCCUUCUCAAGCUCCUCCGGCCUCAGUUUCAGAAUAUCAUUCAUACGUCUGAGCGUGGGCGAGUCGCUGAGCUUGUCAAGCGUUUGGUGGACUGGUACCGGUCUCCUCACGUUGCGCUCCCCAUCGAGAACCACCUCCCGCGUGUGUUGGCGGAUUUCCUAGAGAGGGCUGCAUCUCAUAUACCCGAAUACACUGCAGCCGCGGGGUCUCGUGGACUGUCUCGGACGACUCGUCAAACCCCGAGCCCUCCGAGCUCCGCAACGUACAGCGGGGGAUUCAACUUGUCGCCUGGAGAGUCUCUGGCGACUGCCAUGUGCGGGACGAUUCCCGAGUGGUGGGAGUACCUUGACCGAGAGCUUCCUGGCCACCUCUAA